AAGUGUUGUCUCAUCUCCAUGGCAACACUACAACAACUUUGAAGUGACCAAACACAAUUAGGGGAUGUAAUAUCAAACACAUGAACUUGUCAGAGUUUUUUUUUUGUUUAGCUUCAUAAUUAUAAUUCCUACCCUUAGCUAAACAACUUCGUAUUUAUAUUUAUCGUUUUAGAUUUGUAAAAUUAAUCAUCUAUAAUAUAAUAACAGAUUGAGUUUUAGCAAAAUGUCACAGGAACAGUUAAAUGAGCCGGAGGAAUUACAAGAAGUACAGGAAAAAGAGGCAGUAGUAGGAAUAGAAGAUGAAAAAGAAGAAGGAGAAGAAGAAAGAGAAGAAGAAGGAGAACAAGGAGAAGGAGAGGAAGAAGAUGAAGGAGAGGAUUUAUUAAUUUACAAUGAAGACUUACCAGUAUAUUCUUUGGAUGCUCGUCACAACCUGACCGAACCAAUAAAUGCAAUGUUAAAUAUGAACCAGCCACCUUCGAGAUCUUCUUCAAGAGGAUCCAGAAUUUUUGCUGAACAAACAUUUCUGACAGCUAAAGAAGAACAAGACUUGCGCAAUGCCAAAGCAUUCCUUAUGACUGCAAGUACAAAAACUGGAGAGAAUUUAUAUGAUCAUUUAUGCGAUGUCCUCACUGAAAUAUUAUCUGAAAGACAUGUCGAUGCCGUUGAUACUUUUGAAGAUAUUAGCAAAAAUAUCAAGAAAUAUAGAUUUCAACCAAUAAAAGACACACUCCAAGAUAUGGCCGACCCAUCACUUGAAAUGGCUCUAGCCAAAAUCGAAACUAAGCUACUUGUGAAAGUAGAUGAUGAAGUUGAUGAACGUGAAGAGGAGGUUGAAUCGCCACUGCCUAACAUCAUGGAAACGGCUUUCUACUUUGAACAAUGCGGAAUCGGAAUUGGUAGAGAAGAACUAUUCCGUGUUUGGGUAGCAAUGAAGCAUUUGGUCGACAGCAACCCUGUCCAGCAUGUGAGAUUCUGGGGUAAAAUAUUAGGCACAGAACAAAACUAUUACAUUGUGGAAACUGAAUAUCGUGAAGGAGACCAAGCUGAGGAAGAAGAAGACGAUGAGGGUGAACCAGAAGUAGCAGAAGCACCAAAAGAGACUGCUGAAGAAGCUGAAGACGAAGAAGCAAUCGUGGAAGAUAGAGUACCCAAAAUUGACUACAAGCCACCUCCACCUAUACCAAAAGAAGAUAAAGGAAGCGGCACCAAUAAGAAGACAUAUUUUGUCUGCAAUGAACCUGGGAAACCCUGGAUACGUUUGCCUUUAGUGAACCCAAUACAGAUUGUAAUUGCCAGACAGAUCAAGAAAUAUUUUACUGGAAGAUUAGAUGCCCCAAUAAUCACAUAUCCUCCAUUUCCUGGUAAUGAAAUGAACUAUCUUCGAGCUCAAAUUGCACGCAUCAGUGCUGGCACCCAGGCCUCAAUAAUGGGGUACUACCAAUUUGAUGAGGAAGAGGAAGAGGAAGAAGAAGGCGAGGUACGGGACACUUACAUCGAAAACAUCGACUUUGAUGGACUUACAAUGAGAGAACUGUGUGAAUCCUUAAAUAACUGGGUCCAUCAUACCUUGCACAUUUUACCACAGGGGCGAUGUAAAUGGUUUAACGCAACUGCCAAAACUGAGGAAGAGAUUGAAGAAGAUGAAGAAGAAGAACGAGAAGAAAUGGAAGAACCUCAGCCUGAAAUUGGCCCACCUCUAUUAACUCCACUCUCUGAAGACAUUAGUCUCAAUGGAAUAAUACCUUGGACAUUAUCUGCCUCAUCGUCACUUAUCCCACAGUAUGCUGUUGCUGUAUUAAAAUCCAACUUAUGGCCUGGUGCCAGUACUUUUUCCACAAGUAGGAAAUUUGAAAACAUUUACCUUGGCUGGGGUCACAAGGCAGCGGCUGAAAACUACACCCCACCUCUAAUACCAGCCCCAAUGGAAGAAUACUUAGAUGGGCCAGAAGUGAUCGAGAUUGAUGAUCCAUCUCCAGAGCAAGAAGCUGCCUUGAGAGCUGAGCAGCAGGCUAAUGCCGCAGCUGAAGAAGAAUUAGAAGAAGAGGAGGAAGAGGAAGAAGAAGAGGCUUAAAACUUUAAACAAAACUUUAGAUAUCCCAGAACUAUUUAUUUUUCUAGUUUCAAUAAAUCAUAUGUUUGGCGAAUUUACAGGUGUGAAACAAUUCUAUAACAACUGUCUCUUAAUAAAAUCAUGAUUGCCAUUUCAAA